UUGUCUAGCAAGCAAAAUGAAGGAAAUCUGCUGAGCUUUGUGAGGUUUUCUUCCCUUUAUAAGAAUAGGUGAGAGAGCUCUAAAAGGGUGGGUAGACGUACAUCUGGGAAUCAAUGUGUGAUGCUGGUAAACCAAGUGUCAGGCCAUAGAGAUUAACUAAGAACUGACAAAUUCAUAGCUGGAACCAAACCAGCUCACUGUGUGUUAGUUUCAUUCAAAAUAGAUAUUAGUCUUAUAAGAGUGUAUUUAGCAUUUAGUCUCUAUGAAAUGCUUGUAAGUUGCUGCAUGCAUUACUCUCACUUGUAAUGCUGUAUUCCACGCUAUAAGGAAAUAUGUAAGUUUUGCUUUAUAACUUGGAAAAUGUUUGCCUAUCAAGAUUAAACGAGCCAUUAAUGAACAUUGUAACACAAAGGAUUGGUGAAUGUCCCUAUCACACCUUGGAAACGCUACAUGUAAGACAGUUCAUCUCACAGACCUGAAGACUAAAUGUAAAAGAUAAAACGGGGAGUCACGAGAAUUUUUCAUCUCUGCUGUUUGAACUCUCACAGGGCCAGAGACUCUAAACUGAGGCAGGAGUUCCAGCAGGUUUAUCCCUCUGUUUGCCCUGAAAGAGACAUCUUGAAUUGACAGAUCAUUACCACUCUGUCUCCCUUGGGAUUUAGAUUGCAACUCAUUUGUGAGUGUAUAUGUUGGCUUCCUUUAACCUAUAAAUAACUCUUAUUUCUUUUUCCUAGUUAAUAAACCUUUAGUUAGUUUAUUACAGAAUUGGCUACAUGCCUUGUCUUUGUGUAAGAUCUAGGAUACCAAUUGAUUUGGGGUAAGUGACUGAUCUUUUGGGACUGGAAGCAACCUGAAUAUUCUUUGAUUUUUGGUGUAAGUGACCAUUUACCAACUUGCCUGAGUGGUAAGAUAGACUGCAGAGCCUAAUGGGACUAUGUUACACUCCACGGUAAGGCUGUUAUAGCGAUCCAGGAGUUCACAUUUGUUACUGGGUUGGUGAAGUCUAAGUAUAGAACACACCACCAGUUUGAGAUGUCUGUCCAGUUUUUUACAGUCUGUUCUGAAGUUGACGCUCGCAGUCAUGAGUCACUCCAGACAGUGUGACAAUUGGUGUAGUCUUGGCAGGAUUCACAUUCCACCGGUCAAUUGGGUUUAAAGCUCAUAACCCCACUGCUAUUAAAAGUUUUAAUUUUAUAUUGAGUAUUUAAGUAUUUAAAGAUUAGUCACAAUGAGUGAAUCACAGUCAGAUGAGGGUCUUGAAACAAACAACAUUGAAAAAUUAUGCAAAAAAUAGUGGAAUAUCCCCAAAAGAAAGCCUCAGAUCAAGAACUGAGAGCUGCACUCAUAGACUUUGACUAAGGAACAGGGUCUGAGCACCCUCCUAUUCCAGAUGCCACAGAGACUGCUGCAGUGGAACUGGUUCAGCUGAAGCACCAGGCAGCCCAGGAAGAAUGUGAGCACCAGGUACUGAUGGUGGAACUCCAAAUCAAGGAGAAGGAAGAAACUGGGAAGGUGGAGGAGAGAGCCUAUGAAAGAUGCAAAACCAGUGCUGAAAUUGGGGAGGAAGCUCACCGCAGAUGCAUGGAACAACUACAAGCUAAGGAGAGAGCACACCUUGCAGCUCAAAGUACUGGAGCAGCAAAAGCAGCAGCCUCAGCCACAGGAAGAUACAAAAGUUUUAUAUGGCUCACAUCUGACAACAUGCACCAUCAGUGGCUGCUGCUAGCUGCAUGCUUUUGGGUGAUAUUCAUGUUCAUGGUUGCUAGCAAGUUCAUCACACUGACUUUUAAAGACCCAGAUGUAUAUGGUGUCAAGCAAGAGCCAUUAAUGCUGACAGCUAUGACAAAAGUUGAAAAGAUACAAGUGCCAGAGGAGAAAUGUUUGCCUGAAGAAUUCCAGCCGACUGGAAAAGUUUUUUCUGAAGAUCCGAUGCACCAACCACUGGUCCAUGUGAAAAGGAUUGAGCUUCUCAGGAAUGUGUGCAGAGAUGCAGCGUUGAGAAAUCUCUCUCAUACUACUGUUUCCAAGUUUGUCUUGGACCGAAUAUUUGUUUGUGACAAGCACAAGAUCCUAUUCUGUCAGACUCCGAAAGUGGGCAACACUCAAUGGAAAAAAGUCUUGAUUGUUUUAAAUGGAGCUUUUUCUUCCAUAGAAGAGAUCCCAGAGAACAUUGUACAUGACCAUGAGAAGAACGGACUUCCACGCUUAUCCUCUUUCAGUGACUCUGAAAUUCAAAAACGACUGAAUUUAUACUUCAAGUUUUUUAUUGUAAGAGAUCCAUUUGAAAGACUUAUUUCUGCAUUUAAGGACAAGUUUGUCCACAAUCCUCGAUUUGAACCUUGGUACAGGCAUGAAAUUGCUCCUGGCAUUAUUCGGAAAUACAGGAAGAACCGCACAGAGACCAAGGGGCUGCAGUUUGAGGACUUUGUGCGCUAUUUGGGAGACCCUAACCACCGAUGGCUAGAUGUUCAGUUUGGUGAUCACAUAAUUCAUUGGGUAACAUACGUGGAACUUUGUGCCCCAUGUGAAAUAACGUAUAGUGUGAUUGGACACCAUGAAACCCUGGAGGAUGAUGCUCCAUAUAUCUUGAAAGAAGCAGGAAUAGACCAUCUGGUAUCGUAUCCCACAAUUCCACCAGGAAUAACGGUAUACAACAAAACAAAGGUAGAGCAUUAUUUCUCAGGAAUUAGCAAGAGAGAUAUAAGACGCCUAUAUGCCCGCUUUGAAGGAGACUUUAAACUCUUUGGAUAUCGGGAACCAGAUUUCUUACUAAACUGAUGCCUAGAAACUCUGAAGACAUGUCUAUCAGAUUAAACUAAAGCAUAUGAAUACCAGCUGAAGCACUGACAGAACUGGGAUUGACAGUAGUGUACCACUGUUUUCUAGUUUUUUGAUGUUGCUCCAUUUUUCAGUGGAAUAUUUGUCACACGAGCAGUUAGGGGUUCCUAACUGUUAGCCACUGACCAUGUUUUCAACAUAUGACAUUGCAAUCUUCUAUUAUGAAUUAAAUCUGUCUCAUCCAACAUAUAUACUGUACUUAUCCCCUCUUCCCAAGGAAAAAGAGGAAGAAAUCAAUAGGCUAUAAAAGAGCAUCAAAUAGAAUGCAAUGUAAAAUGUUGUAAAGCAUUUCGUAAAGAUACCAGUUUUGUGAAAUGUAAGGGGACCUGAUGCUUAUAAAAAGAAGUGUGGAGUUUCUCAUGGGCUAUGAAAACUAGAGGCUGACAUAGGACCAAAAACCGAUGAUGCGCUAGAAAAGCAAAAGACAUCUAGAGUCUGCUGUGUGGCUGCUAUAAUCGUUGUGCUGAGCUAAUGCUGUUUUUUGCGAUACACAUAAAAUGAGUCUAACUUGACAGAAGCUUCAGUCCUAUCCAAAAAGGGCAGAUUCCAGAGGCUGUUUGUUUUUAUUUUGUGUCAUGGUGUUAUCUGUACUUACUAUCAGUAGUAAGUACAGAUAACAAAUGAAAUAAUGAUUCAUUUUUUAAUUGUUAACUUCCAAGCUUGUAUGUUGUCUGAAAACUUGAGGUGGAGCAUAGAUCCCAACAAGAAACUCGGAAGGACUGUUGGGGAGACUUUGAGGAAAACUAAUUAAAAAGUACAGAUGAAUUGUAUUUGCAAGAGCAAAUAUAGAAGCCAAGACCCACUUUCUAAAUAGUGUGCAUUUUAACGUUGUUUAUUUUCUAAUGUUUCAGGCUGUUACAAAUAUUAAAUAAGCCAUGAAAACAAGAAAGCAUAUGAACAUAAAAGUUGCCAUAAUUAUUUGGACCAAUAGUCCAGCCACUCCAGUAUCCUGCUUCCAGCAGUGAUCAGUACCUGAUGCUUCAGAGAAAAACAAAUCCCCUCCCGAAAUGUACCUCCCCAAUUCUAAAUGGGUAGAUUCAUUCUUGACUCUUCCCAGUGAUCAGUUGGCAUAAUGCCCUAAAUCAAAGGUGCCCAAACUUUAUGCCAUCAGCUUUGGCAACUUGCCAGGAGUUCAAGAGCUACACUUUUGUGUAUACAUUUUUAAAUCAAAAUUAAAUUAACACAACCAUAGUAUUUGCCUGUGCAUGCACUGUUCCUGUUUGAUUACAAGACGUCUUUUUGUUUUUUAGUUCACCAGCAAUAAAAACCUGUGGUUGAUCAGCUUUGCCCCCACCCUGCAGUAAGUGGCAGAGGGAAGACCACAGCUGCAUUUUAGGAUUCGCAGAGACAUAUUUGGCUGCCGAGCGGCAUUUUUGGUAUCUCUCUCCUAAAGGAUGAAUUUUGAAUAUAAUAGUGUCUCAACUUCCAUGGCUAGAAUCAUUAACGAUGGCCAUAAAGUUGUGGAGUCUUUCGUUCUAAAUCCAGCCACAGUAUUUGUGUGGAUAGCCUCCUGUGGCAGGGCAAAGGAAGUAUCUUACACCUGUGAACUUAAAAAAGGAAAACCAGUGCCAAAUAGGACAUGGGCUGCUGUCCUC